CUUAUUUCUUCACUACAAGUGACUCAACUCUAAUAGAUCCACACCUCUGUUCUUUAGGACAAAGCUGUGAAGCAAAUUUGAGUUGUAUCUCUGUCGAGCCCUUCUAACAGGACAGAGACUGAGAAUCUGUUCAUCUUUGAACACUGCAAAGAAAUGUCUGAAUCUGCAGUGAGUCAGUAUGAGGAUCAGUUCAGCUGUCCAGUCUGUUUGGAUCCUCUUAAGGAGCCGGUGACGAUUCCCUGUGGACACAGUUACUGUAUGAGCUGUAUUACUGACUGCUGGGGCCAGAAGGAGCAGGGACCGCCGUACCGCUGUCCCCAAUGCAGAGAGAGCUUCAGUCAGAGACCUCUACUGAAGAAGAACACUCUGAUAGCUGAGAUGAUGGAGACGCUGCAGAAGACGUCCCUACAAACGGCUGCUGUGGAGUGUGAUGUUUGCACUACAGAGAAGAACAGAGCUGUAAAGUCCUGUCUGCAGUGCUUGGCCUCCUUCUGUCAAACUCACCUGCAGCCUCACUAUGAAUCUCCUGCGUUUAUGAAGCACAAACUAGUCGAAGCUUCCAGAAACAUUCAGGAGAACAUCUGCCUCAGUCAUGGGAAACUUCUGGAGAUUUACUGUCAGGAUGAUCAUCAAUGUAUUUGUAACUUGUGUUUGAUUGACAAUCAUAACGGCCACCGUUUGGUUUCUGUGGAUUCAGAAUGGACUAGCAAGAAGAAAGAGUUAAAGAAGGUAAAGGUGGCGUGUCAGAAGCUGAUCCAGGAGCGAGAGAGAGGUCAGCGGGAACUCAGAGAAGCUGUGAAGUCUUUUAAAAGUUCAGCUCUAGAGACCAUGGAGGACAUUGAGAAGGUCUUCACUGAGCUCAUCUGCUCUCUUGAGAAGAAACGCUCUGAGAUUAAAGAGCAGAUCAGAGCUCAGGAGAAGACUGAGAUAGAUCGAGCAGAGGAACUUCACAAACAUCUGGAUCAAGAGCUGACAGAACUCAGAAAAAGACAAGCAGAGAUUGAGAAACUUCUGAUUACUGAUGAUCAGAUCCAGUGUCUGAAGAGCUGCCAGUCUGUGUGUGUUUUACCUUCAUUUGAAGACGUUCCCAGCUUCACUCAACACACUCAUCUGUCUUUUAAAGACAUUUCAAUCUCAGCGUUUAAGGAGGUUUUGGAGGACGCCUGUCAACAGCAAACAGCCAGAAUAUCUCGAGAAGAGUCAAAUGUCCAUUUUUCAGAGUCUUCAAAACCUGAAUCUCCAAAUGAAAUUUUGCACUAUUUCUGUCAACUGCAACUGGAUCCAAACACUGCACACCGAAACCUCAUCUUGUCAGAAGAGAACAGAAAAAUAUCAUGUUCAGUUGAAGUCCAGCAAUAUCCUGAUCACCCAGAGCGAUUUGAUGUUUAUAUGAAUGUCUUGUGUCGAGAGGGUUUGUAUUAUCGCUGUUACUGGGAGGUCGAGUGCAGUGGAGAAAACUGGGCUGUAGGAGUUUGUUACAAAGGAAUUGGGCGUAAAGGAAAAAGUAAUGACUGCAGACUGGGGUUUAAUAACAAGUCAUGGAGAUUGACCCACUGUCAACAGAAUUUCUAUGUCAGACAUCAUAACAAGCAUGUCUGUAUCCCUGCUGUCCGCUCCUCUAGAAUAGGAGUGUGUCUGGAUCACAGAGCAGGAACUCUGUCCUUCUACAGCGUCUCUGACACAAUGACUCUCCUUCACAGAGUCCAGACCACUUUCACUGAACCCUUAUACCCUGCUUUUGGGGUUGGAGAUGAUUCAUCUCUCAUGAUCAUAAAGCAGAGGAGAAUUUAGAUCAGCAGUGAAAUACUUACAAAAAUGUCCUAAACUGUUUAAAGGUAUAGAUAUACUUAAAAGACUGAAAGAUUUCUGUGUCAUGGCCAUGUUCCUUUUCACUAUCCUGUACUGUCAAAGACAACCAGCAGCCAUAUGGUGUCUGCUUUAGCUCCUCAUGUGUUUCACAAAAUUUUUCAUUUUUGUGAACAAAUUUCAAAUGUAAAGCCUACUGGCAUUUACAAUUAACUAAUUCUAAUAGUCAAGAUUAGAUAUUUGAAAACUUGCUAUUAUAAGUCAGCAAUAAAAUUUACGAACUUCUGUCAGGAAAAGUGGCUUUUAGAGCUGUUAAAGUGCUCACAUUAUUGCAUUAGAUUAAACAUGUCUAACAACGUUAAUACAUUUAUGUAAUUUAGCAUUAGUCAUUCUCUGUAGUUUUUUUUUGUUUUUUGUUUUUUUGAGUGAUUUCUAAAGGGUUACAUUUUUCAUGACUUUUGAUUAAUUUUGGGGAAUAUUGUGUUCAGGUGAGACAAAUAAAGAGCACCUCUGCCC